CUUCGAAAGGAUUUAAUAGUUGGAAGAGAGCUGGAGGAAAAGAUAGUCAUUUUUGAGUGCAUGAAGGAGAAACAGGAUCAAUACAUUCAAAAAAUGUUUUAAUGCUUGAUGCUUUGAAAAAGCCAUCUCAAAACAUUAAGAAACAUUUGACCUUACAAAAUGAAGCUGAAAUAAAGAAAAAUCGCUUGCGUGUUGUCACUACGAUUAAUGCUAUUCGUUGGCUAGCAUGUCAAGGAUGUGCUCUUCGAGGGCAUGACGAAUCUCUUGAUUCAGCAAAUCGUGGAAACUUUAUUGAAUUGCUCAAAUAUAGUGCAACUCUUAAUGUGCAAGUUGCAGAGGUUAUCUUAGAAAAUGCUCCCGGGAAUGCUAGUUAUACCUCAGCAAUGGUUCAAAAUCAGAUUAUGAAAAUUAUGGGUGACUUGGUGAGGAAAAAUAUUUGUGAAAAAAUUGGUGACUUUAAGUUUUGUAUUUUAGUUGAUGAAUCUCGAGAUGAAUCCAAUUGUGAGCAAAUGGCUAUCGUGUUAAGAUUUGUUGAUGCAGAUGGUUUUAUCAGAGAGAGGUUUUUUGAUGUAAUAGGGGUUGAAGACACUACCGCACAAACUCUUAAAAAGAUGUGUUCACUUAUACUUGAUCGUAAUGGAUUGCUUGUAUAG